CAGAGCAUAAAACUUGGGCUCACUUUUGAGAGCAAUGAAGCCAGAGAAAGCGUAAGUUAGAAAAAUUGACAUGGCAAGCUCUUCCUCCUCCUCGUCCAGGUUGAAAGCAGAGGAUGACACACCAAACGAACAAGUGUUCAUUAACUUCCGCGGAGUUGAACUUCGCUACAACUUCGUCAGCCAUCUGGACAAGAGCUUAAAAAGGAAUGCGAUCAAUGCCUUCAUAGACACAGAUGAAGAGAUGGGCCAAAAUUUGGAUGUUCUGCUCACAAGAAUCGAAGGGUCGAGGAUCGCGCUAGCGAUAUUCUCCCCGAGGUACACCGAGUCAGAUUGGUGUUUGAAGGAGCUAGCCAAGAUGAAGGAAAGAAUGGAGCAGAGGAAACUCGUGGUGAUUCCAAUCUUCUACAAGGUGGAGCCUGCCACUGUUAAAGAACUCAAGGGAGAGUUCGGCGAUAAGUUCAGGGAGCUGGCCAGGUUUAUUGACAAGAAGACCAAGAAAAAAUGGAAGGAGGCUUUGAAAUCUGUUCCUCUCUUAACGGGAUUCGUGUUGAACGACAAAAGCGAUGAAGACGAAAUCAUCGUGAAAGUCGUCAAGGCGGUUAAAAAAGUGUUAUAUAGAAUUUCACAGGCUUCACCACCUCAUCCUAAUCCACCAGAAUGUAUUAAUGGAAUGUCUCUCCAGAGACACCACAAGAGUCAUGAAAGCUCUUGGGGAAUCAAGCACCGACUCAAGCAGCUAGAAGAAAAGUUAAUCUUUGGAUUCGAGGAGACAACUCGUAUCAUUGGUGUUGUUGGGAUGCCUGGCAUAGGCAAAACCACUCUCGCUAGGAAUCUAUACGAGAAGCUGAACAACGGAUUCUUGAGCCACGUGUUAGUCCCAGAUAUCCAUGAGUUUUCAAAGGAAUACGGAUUGAAUUAUCUGACCAAAAUACUCUUGGAAGAUUUAUUGACUGACAAAGCUCCCAACACUGAGACCGUCCAUGAAGCUUACAAAGAUCAACUACUCAAAACCAAAGUCUUUGUUGUUCUAGACAGUGUUAGUAGCAAGGAACAAAUCAAUGCUCUUCUCGGAAAACGAGACUGGAUUAAACGGGGAAGCAAGAUUGUCAUUGCAACAAGCGAUAAGUCGUUGAUACAAAGUUUGGUCGAUGAUAUUUACGAGGUCCCUAGGUUAAGCGACAGAGACGCCUUAAACCACUUUAUCCAUUAUGCGUUUGAUGAUCAAGAAGGAGAUCAUGCUCUCGGGAUAGGAAAGUUCUUGAAGCUCUCGAAAGAUUUCGUGCAUUAUACAAAAGGAAAUCCACUAGCUCUCAAGAUAUUGGGCGCAGAGCUUUUGGGGAAAGACGAGACUCACUGGGACUUAAAGCUAGCUGCAUUGACUCAGCACCAUAAAAGCCCUCCAGGACAGACCACAAGCAAGAUGCUUCACAAUGUUUGGAAAGGGAGCUACGAUGGAUUGAGUCAACAACAAAAAGAUACGCUUCUUGACAUAGCGUGCUUCAAGUCGCUAGAUGAGAAUUAUGUAAGGAGUUUACUCGAUCCAGAUGGCCUUAAUAAGAAUGAAAUAGAAGAUUUAGUGAACAAGUUCAUGAUUAAUAUUUAUGCCGGGAAAGUAGAGAUGCAUGAUACAUUGUAUAUGCUCUCCAAGGACCUUGGUCGAGAAGCUACUGCUACAGAUGGAAAGGGACGGCAUAGGUUGUGGCACCACCACACAAUUACUGAUGUGCUAGGAAAAAACAAGGGAGCUUCUCAUGUCAGAUCUAUUUGUCUUGACUUGUCCGAUAUAACAAGAAAAAUGAGUUUCCACAGCCAUUCUUUUGCCAAGAUGAACGAUCUAAGAUAUCUCAAAAUCUACAGCUCUCAUUGUCCUCAAGAAUGUGAUAGUGACAUUAAAUUAAACUUCCCUGAAGGACUCCAAAUACCAUUGAAUGAGGUGCGAUGUCUCCACUGGUUGAAAUUUCCAUUGAAAGAAGUUCCACAAGAUUUCAAUCCAAAGAAUUUGGUUGACCUUAAGCUUCCUUACAGCAACAUUGAACGAGUUUGGGAGGGUAACAAGGAUGCAUCAAAACUAAAAUGGGUCAGUUUGAACCACUCAAAGAAGCUGAGCACUUUGUCAGGGUUAGGAAAAGCUCAAAAUAUUCAAGAGUUAAACCUAGAAAGCUGCACGGCGUUGAAAAUGUUGCAUGUGGAUAUAGAAAACAUGAAGUGUCUUGUUUUCUUGAACCUGAGAGGAUGCACAAGUCUUGAAUCUCUUCCAAAGAUAAAAGUGAACUCUUUGAAAACUCUCAUCCUCAGCGACUGCUCAAAUUUUAAAACCUUUCAGGUUAUUUCAGAGCAGCUAGAAGCUCUAUACUUGGAUGGCACAGCAGUGAAAGAGCUUCCUUGUGAUAUACGGAUCCUCCAAAGACUUGUCUUAUUGAACAUGAAAGGCUGCAAGAAGCUGAAGAGGCUCCCUGAUUGUUUUGGUGAGCUGAAAGCUCUUGAAGAACUUAUACUUUCUGGUUGUUCAAAGCUCAAAGAAUUUCCAGAAAGUGGAGGAAUUAUGAGCAGCUUAGAGAUUCUGCUUUUGGAUGAGACAGCCAUAGAAGAGAUACCAAGAAUAUUUUCGGUGCGGCGUUUAUGCUUAAGCAGGAAUGAAAAGAUCACCCGCCUUCCCAUUCUGAUCAAUCAAUUUUCUCGACUGCAAUGGCUUGAUAUGAAGUAUUGUAAGAAUCUUACACAUGUUCCUGAGCUUCCACCAAAACUUCAGUGUUUAGAUGUGCGUGGUUGUAGCUCACUGAAAACAAUUUCGAAACCUCUGGUAUGUUCUGUGCCGACGGAGCAGAUCCAUUCCAAGUUUAUAUUCACUGAUUGCAAUGAAUUGGAACAAGCUGCAAAGGAGGAAAUUCUAGUCUAUGCUAAACAGAAGUGUCACUUGCUAUCAAGUGCGCUUAAACGCUGCAAUGAGGUCUGUGUUCCUGAGAUUUUGUUUGACACUAGCUUUCCUGGAUGUGAAAUGCCUUCAUGGUUUCCUCAUGAUGCAGUUGGAUCGCUGGUGGAGUUUGAAUUACCUCCACACUGGAAUCACAAUAGGCUUUCUGGAAUACUCCUAUGUGUUGUUGUCUCAUUCCAUAACUGUCAAAAUCAUGCCAGCUUGGCAGUCAAAUUCACCGGAGAGGGCUCUUGCACCAACAUUACUUGGAAGAUUGGAAAUUUGAUUGUACGAGACAAUGAAGUAAACAAGAUUGAGUCAGACCAUGUCUUUAUUGGCUACACUAACUGUCUAGACUUCAUAAACCUUCUUCAAGGACAGGGCCCGCGUAAAUGUGCUCCGACCAAGGCAUCCCUUGAGUUUAGUGUGACAACUGGUACUGGUACUGGAGGGGAAGCUAGGUUUGAAGUUUUGAAAUCCGGUUUCAGUUUUGUGUUUGAACCUGAAGAGAUCAAAGUUCCAUUACCAAGGAAUGAAGAAGUCAAAGGUGGAACUAAAACUAACAGAACCCCAAGUGCUAAUGGUUGUUUCAAGGAUCAACCAAAUGGAUACAAAUUUCCAAUGGGCCAGUGUCAGUCUUACAUCGAAAGUUCUGGUAGAAACAUCACAUGUGAAGCACAUUCUUCCUGAACAACUGGUUUUGAUUUCACUGUCUCUGUAUUAGACCAAAAAGAUCUUGCAGAUUAUCUCUGUUUUCAAACUAUUUAUUCAUUGAACUCUUUGUAUUGGCAUUUUCAUUUUGCAAUGUUCUCUCUGUGUUCAUCGUGA